AUGCGCGAAGAAGAAGAAAUCCGAAGAAAAGAACACCAGAAGAAGAUGUUGGAACUUGAGAGAAAGCGACGGGAGCUAGAAGAUGCCGCAAAAAAGGCCAGCGUGAAGGAUGAACAACAUCACAAAAAAGUUGAAAGCCUUAUUCAAGUUCUAUCGGAUUACAAAGAAUUGAAUGAACAAAAGGACGCAGAAAACAGAAGAAUGACUGAGGAAUUUAUGGCUGAGAAGGAGAAGAUCGAACGGGAAAAGGAUAAGCUCAUCGAAGAAAAAAAUAAAACUUUGAAAGAAAAGGACGAGUACUUCCAAGAGUACAAGCAAGCUAGAGAUGAGAAAGAAGACCAGGAACGUCGAAGAAAUGAUGAUAUUCGAUAUUUUGAAAAAAUUCUCCGUAAAAUGCAGUCUAUGGUGACGAAGCAAAUGGCCCUCAACCGUGACGACGAGAACAUCGUAGACUUAUGCCUAGAAGUCAAUAAAAUUGUUGAUUCCUACGAAGGGCCCGAUGACAUGCAUAGAGUUGAGGAUAGCAUGCGAAACCUUGGAAGGACACUUGAUUUCGAAGAUAAGGAAUAA